GGAUAGGUUAAUUUAUCUUAUAAUCCAAGUGUUAUUAUAAUCACAAUACAAACUACUAUUGGUCAAGUCUUUCAACAUAUAAACUAAAUUAAUGAAACUUAUUCAUUAGUGAUAUCAAAUACCUCAGCAACAACAACAACACCAACAACAACAACAAGAACAACAAAUGUCAAGACUAUUAUCGCUUAUUCUUCAACCUAUUAGUAUUGCAUUUAUUGUUUUAGGAUUUUUAGUUGAUCGUUGGGGAUGUGGUCGAUUACUUGAUUCUUGUUUACAUUAUUAUAAAACUGCUACAAUCAUGUUAAUGUUAUUCUUAAUUAUUGGUAUGUCAUUUUUAAUUGUUGCAUUUUCACUUGACUUAGCAACAAUUGUCUCUUCAUCAUUAGAUUUAAAUGCAACAUACAAUUCUAUUAAAUUAAUUUUAUUACUUGUUGGUUUAAUUGGAAUAUUUUCAGGUAUUUUAAUUUGUGCUGUUAAAAUAGAACGAGAUUAUUCUCAAUUAAUAUGUGUUAUUGGUAUUGUCAUUGCUUGUCAAGUUGCUUUACUUAAUUUAUUUUUAUAUCCUUGUUUUUUCGAAAAGAAACCUAAAGUAAUAGUAGCAGAAGAAGUAGCUAAGUAAAUGAAUAUAUAUAUAUAUAUAUAUAU